AUGGUCGACAAGAAGUUUUCGGACAAUUUACUCGAUCCCCUCAAAAAAUACGAUAUAGCGCAUAUCAAGACCAUCAACGACGUGCAAAAAUUGAUCAACAUCAAGGAACGACGGAAACGUCCACGACGACUACAAGACGAGUCGUCCACUCCGUUCUACGACUUCAACCGGUAUGGUUCCUAUGCCCAAAUGACGUCAUGGAUGCGUGCUUUGGCAAGAAAUAAUCCACAGCUCGUACAAUUCAUCACGAUCGGUACUUCACAUGAAGGUCGAUCAAUAGAUGGUGUUGAGAUCGGCGGUCAUGAUCGAUCAAAAAGAAUUUUUUGGAUUGAUGGAGGAAUUCAUGCACGUGAAUGGGCUGCACCACAUACUGCUUUGUACUUCAUACAUCAGCUCACUUCCCGCUAUGACAGCGAUCCAGUCAUUAAAAGUCUACUCGAAGAAAUCACAUUCGUCAUUGUACCAUGUGUGAAUCCAGACGGAUACGAGUUCACCCGCUCCUCAUCGAAUCCUCAUAUCCGCCUAUGGAGAAAAAAUCGCUCCCAAAUGCAAUGUCGGAAAGAUAGCUGGGGACGUAAUCGUUGCUGUCGUGGUGUAGAUUUGAAUCGGAAUUUCGACUUCCAUUUCAAAGAAAGCGGUUCUAGUGAUGAUCCUUGCUCGGAAAUCUAUCAAGGCCCAGAUGCUUUCAGUGAACCGGAAACAAAAGCAAUACGUGAUGCAAUUUUGUCAAAACGAUAUCGAGGCCGUGUCGAUGCUUUCAUUACCCUCCACACCUACUCACAAAUAUGGAUUCAUCCCUAUGGUCAUCGUAAGGACAGUUAUCCUGGAGAUAUUCAGGAGCUGUACGAUGUGGGUAAGAAGGCCGCGAAAGCUCUGGAGAAAGUCUAUGGAACAAAAUAUGUUGUCGGAAGUGGAGCGGAUACGCUAUAUCCCGCAUCUGGUGGAAGCGAAGAUUGGGCUAAACAUGCCGGUGGUGUGAAAUACGUCUAUUUAUUGGAGCUACGACCAGAUGAGAAAAAUUGGGACGGUUUCAUCCUUGGUGAAUCGGAGCUGGUGCCUACGGCUCGAGAAACAUGGGAAGGUGUGAAGGUGGUCGCCAGCGCUGUAUUGGAGCGUGCCAAACGAAAAAUGGAAAAGGAAAACAUAGAUCCUCCCACAGCGAAACGAUUCCGCUUCGGCGAUGGUACCGAAGGUUCAUGCUACGACCUACGUCAUGCUUGUAAACGUUGGGUGGCUGAGCGACCGGAUUUAUGUCGAUCAGUACCGAUAUUUAUGCGUGAGAACUGUGCUUAUUCAUGUGGAAAAUGCUAG